AGUUUGGCCUCGUCCUGCUCCCCCAACACCACCCGCCAGCCAGUGACAAGCCGCGCUCCGUUGCAUAACCGCUACAAGGCAGGCUGCGACCGCAGUAGUGAGAGCCUGGUGGCCAAAGCUCCCGCUGUCCACGACCCGCCCAUUCCAGUUCGACCCUCCUUUCCACACGGUAGCCACACCAGCUCGUUCCGCGACAGCCCGUAUAUAUACACACACAAUGAAUAGCAUUCCGAGGGGGAGAUCCCCUUCCGCCGGCCAUAGUGGCAACAGCCUCAGACGCAACACACCGUCGCCCAACUCCCAGGCCAGUCCGUUCCAGGCUCCCGCGUCUCUUGUAGGCGGAGACCAACCCGGCGCGUCCUUCACCACCACGACCGCGACGAAUUCUUUUGGCAACGCCUUCGACGCCAGCCAGGUCUCCUUCGCCGCCGCCGCCGCCGCCGCCGAUUUUGACUCUGGCGAAAAUUCGUUCGCCCAGCAGCCCACAUUUUCCCGGUCCGGUUACCUGGAGUCGAGUCUGCCUGAAGGUCUUACUGCCGGCGCCUCGUUCGACCAGCGAAACAACAACAACAACCUCUUCAACGACUUUGGGGCCUCAGCUCUGUCCGAAACGGGCCUUGACCCUCCUCUCUUUGCUGACCUGAACGACCCCAACGCUAGCUACUCCAACGCGAGUGCUCUCGAUCCUGCUUUGAUUUCCUCUCAGCCUAGUUCGCAAUCUUCAAGCAACCUCAUGAACCAAAUGACGACUGAAUCGCAGACGUCGCCCACCCCACCCCACCUCCUCGCUCCAGGUAUGCAGCGACAGUCAAGCAGCAGCCCCCACGGCUCGCCGGCGUUGCAGCAAGGCUCUUUCCAACAACCCGGUCGCCACUCGCGCAACACGUCGCUCGAUCCCUCAAGCGCAGCAUAUCCCCAAAACUGGAACGGGGUGGGAUUCCAGCAGCAUCGAAGGGUGCCAUCCGAUGCGCAUUCCGACGUCUCCUCGUCGGCACAUCCAUCUCCCUUUCUAGGCAACGUGGAUAGUUUUGACAACCACUCGCCCCUUCUCAACCCACAACAAGACCCCAGCAUGUACCAAGACGUCAUGCGCAUCGGUCAGUUUUCUCUUAAUGACCAGAAUCAGCCGCACCCAUACAUUAGUCCAGGUCACAGUCCGCACGUGUCUCCGCGCCUAAUACCACAGCAGCAACUCCCCACCUACACCUCGUCGGACACCUACGGCAUGGCAAGCCUUGCCCCAGCCAUGAGCAGCACCUACAAUGGCAAUUCGAAUCUGGAUAUGUUCGCCGGCGCCGGACAGGAAUCUUUUCCAGCGCUCAACCAGACCGACGCCAUGUCUCCACCUGAGAUCAGCAUUCAGUUUGCUCCGCCCUCGCGGCAAGCGAGUUUUGAGCCAUCGAGAGACGAAGGAAACAAUGGCGCACUGAGCCCUCCAGAUUCAAAUCGAAGCAGAAAUCGCAUGCGAGCCAAGUCUGAUUCGUCGCUUGGACCACGAAGCAAUUCGGCAUCGCCAAACAAUCGCGACAGCAACGACAUGCUCAAGCCUACAGCAGCGGGCGUAGGCUCACGUUCGCCCUCGCCCUCGGGCAAGAACAGGCGAUCUUCGACUUCCAGCGUUCCCAACAGAGAUUAUCUCCUUGGCCUUGCGGACCCGAGUCGUGCUCCACCAGAAGGGCCCUCGGGUGAGCCGGGUUCGGGUUCGAAGAGGACACAGAAGCACCCAGCCACGUUCCAGUGCAGCCUCUGCCCCAAGCGCUUCACGCGUGCAUACAACUUGCGAUCGCAUCUUCGCACGCAUACGGACGAGCGCCCGUUUGUCUGCAGCGUCUGUGGCAAGGCGUUCGCCCGCCAACACGAUCGCAAGCGCCACGAGAGUCUACACUCUGGCGAGAAGAAGUUCGUAUGCCGUGGGACCCUCAAGGACGGUGGAAGCUGGGGCUGCGGACGCCGCUUCGCGCGAGCAGACGCUCUGGGACGCCAUUUCCGCAGCGAGGCAGGGCGGGUGUGCAUCAAGCCCCUCCUCGAGGAGGAAGCCAUCGAGCGACAGGCGAAGGAGGCUGCGGCCGGUGGCAUACCAAUUGGCCAAGGCAUGAUGCAGCAACCAAUGGGUUUCGAUGCGUACGGCGGCAUGGCGGGCGGCCAAGGCUGGGAUCCAAGUAUGGGAGGCGCGCCGCCAAUGCCACUUCGAUUGCCGACGGUGCUUCUGCAGCAGUAUCCCACGUUAGGCAGCAUUUGGGACACGUUGCCCAACAACGCUCCAGACUACGAAGACGACAUAAGCGGAACGAGCGGCUUCGACGCAAGCGGUGGAGAGUUUGAUGAAGAAGAUUACAGACAAGGCCCGCAAUCAGGAUGGGCCAGUGAUGUUGGCUACUGAUGAAUUUUGAGCUUCGCCCUUUGUCUUUGCUUUCCUGGCAUUUUGCGCUUUUUUUUUGGGGGGGAGGACGUGUAGCCCACGUCGGCGCGUUGAAUUUUCCUGAUUUUUUUCCCCCUCUCUUGUCAUGAUUUACUCAGACUCGACGAGCUUCACAUUGCACAUACCCAUGUUACUGCUCUUCUGCACGCUUUUUAUCUUUGGAGAUGUAACCAACGUAUGUAUAUCUACAUAUACACACGCACUUUCUACGCUAUGCAAACGUACGAAACGGCCUGCACUUAUUAUGUUUGGGGAACGGUAGGGCCAUGCAAGGCUAUGAUACCACGCACCGCAGCGAUUGCACCGGGAACAUGCAAUGAAUGGCUUACGGAAUACUCUGCUCGAGUUCACAUGGCAGACAGCGAUGUUUUUUUGCUUAUUUUUGUUUUACGAUGUCCAUCUAUGAACAUUCUAUGUUUCUCAUAGAGCAGUAGACCAAUGCUAUGUAACUGAUCGU